CGGCCCCGGCGUGCGUUACCAAUCACAUUCUGUCCACAAAAUGUUCAAAGCGUUACUUUUAAUCAAUUUACUUUACGCUAUUGGCGACGCGAGCAGACAUCGGCGCUAUCUCGUCUAUCCUGACGGCGGCCCAGCCAGAGCUCAGUUCAUCAUAGGUCUCGGUGUUCCGGUCGACUUAAAAGAAGCGUCGGUCACUGUUGGAACUGUUAUAAAAUUUCAAUAUGAUUUACCGACAAACAGUACAGAAUAUACAAGCCGAAUUUAUGGAUUUGCUGAUACGGUGUCAAGAGAUAUGGACGAUGAAGCGCCGAAGGAUGGAGAGGAUAAUAUUGACGUCAUUGACUCUAGAGGAAUCAAUAAUAUUGAAAAUGACUUAGAUGAUUAUAAUAAUACGUUAGUAGAUAUAACGUUUAAUGAAAGGAGAAGACGGGCAUUGCUGUAUGCAGAGGGAAAUGCUAUUGUUGAGGACAAUACUUCACAAUUGCCACUCGAUGAAGCUAUAAGAAGGCAAGAACUGAUUGAUCAAAAAGCAAGGGAAGCUCAGGAACCACAACGAAUGAAUAGAUGGGACUUCUAUAAAAUAUUGGAACACAUGGUUGAAAGGUACGGAUUUUCGGGGAGGCCAUGUUUGCUUCGUACCAUUUGCGAGGCAGCCGAGGUGCCUUUCACCUACGAGAACGGCUUACUUGGAGAAAUCGGCCAUAUUUUAUUCACACCAUCAAGCACUAAAGAUGAACUAUCCCAUCAUACUGACAACGAGUACCAUGCCGCCGAAAGAGUGGGUCGAGAAGCAGUUCUAUCUGGUUCAAGCUGUGAGUCAGUGUUCCCUGAAUGCGAAUCCUCUGUUCUGGAGACGUUUACUGAAAUAGGAAUGAAUACAUUGCAGAAAUUCGGAUUAAAUGGAUAAUAAAUAUACAUAAAAUUAUGAUAUUUUAUUGGCAA